AGGAAACGAACAUAGACGCAAGAACAAAUAUAAAAAGCCGCUGCAAUUUGCUGUUCAUUACGUGAAUAAAAAGCCGUGGCCAGCAUCACCAAAAACUAAAACCAGAAGAAUUCGCAAGAUGAAGAAUACAAGGAUGAAAUUGCUUGCGCUCUCCAUUUUCGGCCUAUGGUUAAUUGCAGGCACGUCAGUGGAAGGUUUUUCCUUCGUUAGUGCCAGUCAUCGUUCGGCAAUCAAUUGUUCAAGCAUUGAUUACACACCGUGCACUUGUGAGGAAAACAGAGUUGUUUGCGAUAAAGUACUGAUCAAAAAUGUGAAGGCCGCAUUUAGUAAACAUCCAGCCCACGAUCUGGCUGGACUCCGGUUUACGCUGUCCCCAACUGAAACGGAAUCGAUUCCGGAUGAUUUCUUGAGUAAAACGAGAAUCAGUGGCGAUUUGGUUAUGCUGUGCGUCAAUAACAAACGAUUGAAAGUCUCCCCGAAAGCUUUCCAGCUCUCGGCACUUACAAUUACAAGAGUUUUUAUUGACGGAUGCGAUUUCGGCCAGCAAACCAAUUUCUCGUACAUGUCGGGAUUCCGGAACAUGAUGGCGCUAGUUAUCAAGAAUUCAACAAACUUCAAGAGUUUUAAAGGUCUGCCAUCUCAAUCGGCAUUUACCUAUUUGUAUAUUACGCAUUCGAGAGGAUUCGAAGCUUUAAAUCAAGACGCUGUGGCCUUACCUGCGUUGAAAGUCUUUUACCUGAAUUUCAAUCAACUUAAUGACGUCACAACGACCAAGAUUUUCAAAGCUCUUGCUGCAUCUUCGAUGAAUUCCUUAACGGAAAUUCGACUAGACAAUAAUAAGCUGACGAAAAUCCCUGAAAUGAUAUCGUCCCUCAAUCAACUGGAGCAAAUCGAUUUGGGAUUCAACGAGAUCACCGUCGUAUCGAAAAAUUCCCUUCCGCUCAACAACACCGUCAAGGGCCUGACGCUCAGUUUGCAGAGGAAUCCCAUCAAGACAAUAGAAUUAGGUGCAUUCGGAGGAUCUGUAGGAAGUGGAGCUCACGUUAAACUGGAAGACAUUCAACUGACUCGUUUGGAUUCCAAGAUCUUCCGUCCUUUGUUAGAGCGGAUGGAAAUCCGGGCCAAAAAAGUACUAGGGAAAACGCCCCUUUUAUUUAUUGGCAAUAAUCCAAUCGAAUGCGACUGCCAUCUGGCCUGGCUUGUGCGGGAUAAUCGAAACCUGCUGAAACAUAUCGAGGGCGGAAAAUGCAAUGAUUCGACGGAAUUGCUGGACUUGAAAGCGGCCGAUUUCAUCAGGUGCAAAUAGGAACAUUGGGCUGUCCCACUAAAGGAUUGAGCACGUUAACUGGAAUCAACCAUGCCCAUGUAGAUCUGGACUAACGUUACAUUCUAUUUAGCUAUACUAAUUGGUAGACUCAUUUUUGUGAGCUGACUAAUUAUUAUUUAUGUUAUUUAAAAAAAUUAUUGGGUGAAGGUAUGUAUGAUUAAAUACAAUUUUGCUAACCUUAACAA